GGGGGGAGCCGCAAAACCUCGAACUUAAAACUUACACUCACUAUUUUCUUCAAAAAUAUACGUGAGUUCCACAAAAUCAGGACGAUAUCUUUUGUUGUAUGAGAGUAAUAAAGAAUUUAAAAUAGCUAGUUACUUUUCAAUCACCCUGUAUAUACAUACUCAUAAUUACAUCUUUCAUAAAACUCAAAAAGAAAAUUCAUUAUUUGUAAUAGAAUGAUUAUCGUGAUCUAUUUCUCUUUCCAAGCAAAACAAAAAGAACUUUAAUUAUUUGUAUUAAUGAUUUAUUAAUUCCGUACGAUGACUUACAUUUCAACUCUACUAAAUUCUUUUUUUGAAGUCUACUAAUUCAAAAUGUAAGAUAUCAAGAUAGUCGAAAAGAAAAACAAAAAAAAAGAACAUAUAUCAAUAGUUAUUCUAUGAUAAAUAAAGUAAUAAAGAAAACCAAAACGAAAACACCUCAGUGUCAAAAUAAGAAAUCUGAAACAAGUCAAAAUUUGGAACGAUGUUGAUUUUGCAAAAAAUUUAAAUGAACUUUUCACUUUUUUCUCUCUUAUUUUAUUCUCUCUCUCCUUUCUCUCUCGAUUUCAGUUCAUCCAUUACGUGGGAGUUCUAUUGAUAUUCAUCCGAAUGCUCGAUGGCAACAGAAUGGUAUCACUGUAUCUGGAGGAAAUCGACAAGGCAAUGGAAUCAAUCAACUCUCAAACCCAUGGGGUUUGUAUGUUGAUAAUGAUCAAACAAUUUAUGUUGCUGAUCGAGCGAAUCACCGUAUUGUGGAAUGGAAACGAGGUGCAACAAGUGGCCAAGUGGUUGCCGGUGGAAAUGGACAAGGAAGUGGAGAUCAUCAAUUGUCUAACCCAACAGAUGUGAUUAUCGACAAAGAGAGAGAUAGUCUCAUCAUAUGCGAUUUUUCGAAUAGAAGAGUGGUUCGAUGGCCUCGUCGAAAUGGGACAAGUGGAGAAACAAUCAUCUCCAACAUCUUAUGUGUGGGUUUGACAAUGGACGAGAAUGGAUCUCUCUAUGUCACGGACUACGGAAGAGAUGAAGUGAGACGAUAUCGAAGAGGAGAAUCUCAAGGAACAGUGGUUGCAGG